UUUAUUUUUUGCAGGGCCCAUCUGGUUGAUUGCACCUUAAACAUUUUAAAAAUGAAAGAUUUAGAAGAACAACUUUCUCUUCUUCAAAUUGCAAAACGUUCACCCAUGAAGGAUAACAACACGUAUGUACUUGACAUUGACGCGGCUGAGCCUUUGGGUGGGCAGGGAGAUGCGACAAUUGCGGUUUUAUGUUCCGGUAAAUCAGUUCAAUUGUACAAUAAAGAAACCCUGGUCCUUCUUCAAGAAUACGAUGGCCAUCCUGCAUUACUUAGUGGAGUAAAAUUCGCACACAAAAAUUGUCACUUGUUAUUUUCUGCGUGCAGCGACGGGACAGUAAAGUGCUGGGACACGCGGUUAUCAGGAAGAGAAGUUGCGCAAGUAUUUACUGGUUACCCUUCAAAUGUUUUUAUAAGCUUUGACGUUAGUUCUAAUGACCUUGUUGUGUGUGCCGCCACAGAAAAAGUUGAAGAGGACGCUUUUAUGGUGUUCUGGGAUGCACGGUACGAUGAUAAAAUAAAGUCGUCUUCCAAAGAACCGCUUGGGGUUUAUUCAGAGUCGCACAAUGAUGACAUCACCCAAGUACGUUUCCACCCAACAAAUCCGAGUAGGUUAGCAUCUGGAUCCACAGACGGGCUUGUGAAUAUAUUUGAUAUUAGUAAAGAUAACGAGGAUGAUGCUCUGGUUGCCACUUGUAAUUCUGACUCCUCUAUAAGUUUUUUAGGCUGGGCGGGGAACGAACAUAAUGAGAUUUUUUGUCUGACACAUGAUGAAGGAUUCUAUUGGUGGGACCUUGCACAGAUGGAUACUGACCAACCUAUCACAUUAAUGAAAAUCCAAGAUAUGAGAGAGGCGGUAAAUGGCUGCACAAUUGACUAUGUGGUGGGAGGUUUUUACCAUAAAAAGGUAGACAAGCUGUUCCUUGUGGGAGGAACUAAUAAUGGAGUUGUUCAUUUGUUAAACUGUGCAGCUGACAAAGUGAUGCCCAUAAGCUUGUUGCAAGAGGGACACUCCGCUACCGUACGUUCUUUCUACUGGGAUGUGACAGAUGACUCAUUGCUGACAGGUGGAGAAGAUGCCCAGCUCUUAUUGUGGAAAGCAAAAGCCAAGGACUCUGUUCCUAAGAAGAAAGAAACAUUGAAGAUGGCUUCAUCUUUGCAGCAGAGACUCAAAAUUCACAAUACUAAGCUCUAUGGAAACAAACAACAUUAAACAGAGUCCUCUUAUUCUGCUAAUAACAUUAAAACUUGUACUCUGGGGACACAAAUGUCAUCACAUAACUUCUCAAACAUGUGACGGACAGGACAAUAUGUUUUACACUAACAUAAAAAAACUAUUUCCAUUUCUCAUUUGCCAAACAUCUGAAAUGACGCAGGAGUCCUUUCAUCCCGUUUAUAGAGGUUAAACACAUGGUAAAAUACAGGGAUAUGUUUAAAAAUUCUCGGAUGGUAUUUUAAUACUAGAAUGCUCAUUUAAAAGGUCAGUAGACACAUUGAUAAGAUAAUUCUGUUGCCUUGAAAUAGAAUAAUGUAUCGGCCAAAUCCUAAGCAUUUGAAACAAAUAUCUUGAUUGCUGCAAUUGUUUUUCUAGAGCCAAACUUCACCCACCAUGUGCCAUGAGCCAAUCUGGACUUUAGUCUGCAGACAGCAAGGCUACACCCUGCCAUUAUGUUAGUAUAAAGUACAUUGUUUUGCAGUUAUCAGAUAAAGCCAGUUGGGGAAACAUGUAGCAGGGUUUGCGUCGAGAAGUCUACAGCAUGGGAAUUACAAAAUCCUCAAUUUUUAGCUCUAAGUUACUUGAAAAGGGGACAAAAUAAAUAAUGAAAGUUUUAUUUCACAUAACUAAAUGGUUUCUAUUAAUAUUUCACAGUGUUUAUGUAACAGAUUCCCGGCCAUCAUAUCCUAGAUCAGUUUGACUGUAUGUUGCUGUACGUUACUUAGCAACCCUCUCUCAGACGCCCUUUUCAUGAGAAGCCCUCGUCUUCCUCCUAAUAAAAAGUCCUUUAUCCCAGCAGCAGAAUGCAAGAACACGUCACCCAUGUGCCUUUUGUUUCAGUCUGAUCUAAAGAGAAGCACAAGGUUUUUAUGUACCGGGUCAUUUUAUUUUAUAAUUGCUGUCUUUUUAUUUGCAUCAUGUCCAUGCCAGCAAAAUAGUUUUCUUUUGCAUGAUGUACCGAGUCCACGGAUUCAUCCUUACUUGUGGGAUAUUGUCCUUCCUGACAGGAAGUAUCAAAGAGAGCAGCACAACAGAGCUGUCUAUUUAGCACCCCCCUUAACUCCACUCCCCCCAGUCAUUCUCUUUGCUGGCUCUAAGCAGGAAGGGUAAAGAGAAUAGGUGUUAAAAAUGAUGCUUCUGUUGAACAGAUUUGUAAGGCUGCGACUUGGUCUUCGCUUCAUACCUUUUCAAAAUUUUACAAAUUUGAUACUUUUGCUUCUUCGGAGGCUAUUUUUGGGAGAAAAGUUCUUCAAGCAGUGGUGCCUUCCGUUUAGGUUUCUGUCUUGUCCCUCCCUUCAUCCUAAAGCUUUGGUAUUGGUAUCCCACAAGUAAGGAUGAAUCCGUGGACUCGGUACAUCUUGCAAAAGAAAACAAAAUUUAUGCUUACCUGAUAAAUGUAUUUCUUUUGCGAUGUACCGAGUCCAUGGCCCGCCCUGUCUAUUCAAGACAGAUAGUAUUUUUUUAUGUAACUUCAGUCACCUCUGCACCUUAUAGUUUCUCCUUUUCUUCCUUGGCCUUCAGUUGAAUGACUGGGGGGUGGAGUUAAAGGGGGAGCUAUAUAGACAGCUCUGUUGUGGUGCUCUUUGCUACUUCCUGUCAGGAAGGACAAUAUCCCACAAGUAAGGAUGAAUCCGUGGACUCGGUACAUCGCAAAAGAAAGAAAUUUAUCAGGUAAGCAUAAAUUUUGUUUUUAUGUGAUUUAAAGGGACAUUGUACACCAAUUUUCAUAUAACUGCAUGUACUAGACACUAUGCACAGAUACUUAUCUAAAAAUCCACUAUAAAUCCUCAUAAAGACUUACUUAGAAGCUCCCAGUUUAUCACUGUUGAUGAGGUUAGGCUGGAACACCCAGUGACAUUCCUGCCCCCCCCCUCCCUGCAUAUGAAAAGACCCAUUACACAAGCAGGAGUCUGUAGACAUCAGUAUACACUGAAACUUUGGGGCUUGGUUAGAAGUCUAAAAAUCAGCACAAUGUUAUUUAAAAAUAAGCAAAACUAUACGUUUUUACAAAAACACUCCCAGAUGGGCUAUAUAAAUAGAUCAUCUACAAAACAGUGUGUUUAAAUACUGUUACUCUUUUAUGAAGAUCAAAGUCAUUUCACAUUUUUAACCAUUUGUGUUUACAAAUUAUUUCAUUACAUUCUGAACAUUGUUUUUAAAUACAAGUGUUUAAAUGUUUCCUGGGUGAGAGUUUUUAUAUUAACAUUUAUGUUUCCCUUAGGAUUUUGUAUUAAAGAUUAUUCACUGUGUAAAAGAACUUCCCUCGGUGCUGCGUUCUACUGGUCUCAGACUAAACAUUCAAAUAAACCUUUGUUGGGUACUA